AUGCCGCCGAAGUAUACAAUGUCCGACUCUGAGUCUGAAGCUGAGGGUGAGGUGCUCAGCGUUCCCUCUGACCAGGCUCUUGAGAAAGGCCUUCGCGACCAAGUGGCUGCAAUCUUCAAGUCGGGCAAUAUGGAGGAAUUGACUGUCAAGCGCGUGCGAUCUGCCACAGAACAUACACUAGGUCUCACAGCGGGGUACUUUAAGUCUACAGGUGACUGGAAAGCGCGGAGUGAGAAUAUAAUCAAGGACGAGGUGGAAACACAAGAUCAGGCGAUACAAAAUCCACAAUCCCAAGCCACUAGAAAGUCCCCCUCUCCUCCCCCAAAGCCAAAGCCCACUGCCCUUGCGAAGCGAGCAAAACCAGAGACCGCGCCAAAGCCUAGGAAGCGCCAGAAGACUAGGACGCCGGUGUCCGAUGAGGAGGAGCUAUCAGUCCUGUCAUCUGAAGAGAGUGCCGAGGUCACGAAGCCUAAGAGUCGAUCGAAAGCGCCAAUAAAAAAGUCACCAGUGAAGAAGGUCUCCGCAAGGAAACCCGAGAAAGAUAUAUCAGAUGCUUCUGAUUUCACCGGUGAUGAGAGCGACAAUGAUGAUGUCCCAAAGCCCAAGAAACGAUCGAAAGCGCCAGUGAAGAAGUCUCCCGCGAAGAAACACUCCAUAUCAAAACCCACAAAUGAUGCGUCAGACGCUUCUGAUGCUCCCGAUGACACUUCAGAUGUCGCCAAAAAGACCGGAGAUACCAAGGAUGAUUCCGAAAGUGAGAUGUCGGUGGUGCUUGACGAAGAGCCUCAGCCCAAGGCCCCACGCAAGCGACAGAAGAGUGCCGCGGGAACUGCGACCAAGACGAAGAAAGUUCCCAAAGCCAAGGAUGAGAAUACCAGCCCGGACCAGGCUGAAAUCAAACGACUGCAAGGAUGGCUCAUUAAAUGCGGGAUCCGUAAGCUGUGGGGUAAAGAGCUGGCACCUUAUGACACCCCCAAAGCCAAAAUCAAGCAUCUCAAGGGGAUGCUAGAGGAUGCUGGAAUGACUGGCCGGCCAUCUCAAGAGAAGGCGAACCAGAUCCGCGAAGAACGAGAGCUGAAGGCGGAUCUAGAGCAGAUCCAGCAAGGUGCAAAACAAUGGGGUGCUAAGAGUGAUGAGGAGAAUGAUGAGGGUGCGAAGCCUCGGCGUAGGUUGUCUCGGGGGCGACAGUCACUUGCGUUCUUAGAGAGUGAAGGCGAAGAGACUGACUGA